AUGACAACUAAAACAUCGAAAGACUUACAAAAGUCAAUUAAUUUGAAAAUAUGUUCAUUAGAAAAUACAAAUCCACAACCUUAUCUUGUUUCAAUUUCUGCUAAAUUCGAAGAUCCAACUGUUUUUAAAAAAUUAUCACAAAUUUAUAAAAAUUCAGAUUUAUUUAUAAAGAUAAGUAUUUAUGAUGAUAACAAUUUAAUAAGUCUACCGGUUCAAACUUUAUAUAAAUCAUUCAAAAAUAAGAAUCGACAAUGGAAUGAGGAAAUUGAAUUAAAUAUAAAUUAUAAUCAAGUUUCAAUUGAUGCUUAUUUGAAAUUUGAAAUUUAUGAAUUUAUAGAUAGUAAAGAGGAAACUUUUGGGUUAGGUUGUAUAUCUUUAUUUGAUCAUGAUGAUAUGAUAUUAAGAACUGGAAUACAACAGGUGAAAAUUGAGAAGGAUGGUUUUAUAAAUAUAGAUUAUGCCAGGGGAAAUUUUAAAGAAUUGGAAGAAACUGAAGCAGACAAUUAUUAUCUAAUUGUUGAGUUUCCUGAGUUUACAUUUCCUAUCAAAUAUUCAGAAUAUACUUAUGACAUACCCAAAAAGGAAUCAAUUGAUAUGCCACAAGUAGUCACAAACACCAUUAAUUCAAUAACUAUACCUCAAGAAACCAUUUAUGAUCCAGAAUUUCAAUUUGUAAAUAGUGCAUUAGAUCCAAUUGAAUUGAAAUAUCAUAAAUUAGAAAGAAAUAUAAAUAAUAAUAACAAUUUGUUACUUGAUAAAGAUAUAAAACCAACACCACAAUUAAGAGAUGAAUUAUUCAAAAUAUUACUUAAACCUUCAAAUGCAGAAUUGACAGAUUAUGAAAAGAAUUUAAUAUGGAAAUUUAGAUUUUAUUUUAGUAGGAAUAAUGCUUCAGAUAUGUCAAAAGCUACAAAAUCGUUUUUACCAAAAUUUUUAAAAUCAAUAAAUUGGGAUAAUGAUUAUGAAUUAGAUCACACUUUUCAACAAAUACUACCUCAUUUUUGGACAGUUGAUAAAAUACAAAUUGGUGAUGCUUUAGAAUUACUUGGUGAUUAUUUUAAUCCAUAUUCAUUAGGUAAACAAAUUGAAAAUGUUGAUUUUGAAUCAAAGAAUUUGAAUGAUGAUGAAAAAAGAUUUAUUAAGAUAUUUAAUAAUGUAUGUUAUUUAAGAAAAUUAGCAGUUGAAAGAUUAAGCAUUGCAAGUAGUGAAGAAUUAUUAUUAUAUUUAUUACAACUAGUACAAGCAUUAAAAUAUGAAUCAUUAAUUUAUAAACAGAAAGGAGAUGAAGAGUCGCUAACUUCACCAUUGGCUAAUUUUUUAAUUGAAUCAGCAGUUGAGAAUGAACAAUUAGGUAUAUUCUUUUAUUGGUAUGUGAAAGUUGAAAAUGAAGAUCAAUUAAAAAACCCAUCAUUAGAACCAAUCAAAAUUUACUCAAUUGUAUUAAAUAAAUUUGUUGAUAGAUUAAAAGCAUAUUGUAGUGAGACUAGAAAACCAUACUAUAAACAUAUUAAAAGACAAAUUUGGUUUAUUAAAAAAUUAACUACAUUAGUUGAAUUAUUACGAACAACUUUUAAAAAGAAUGAAUCAACAAUGAGAAAAAUAGAAUUUUUACGUGAUUAUUUAUCUAAUUCUUCAAAUGAAUUACUCAAAUUUCCAGACCCAUUCCCGUUACCAUUAGAUCCAUCAAUAAUGGUAUGUGGUGUAUAUCCACAAGAAUCAUCAGUUUUUAAAUCAUCAUUAGCACCAUUAAAAAUUACACUUAAAACUAUAGAAAAGAAAUCAACAAGUACUACUACAUCACAAAUAUUUGGUAAGAAAUCACAUAAAUAUGGUAAAUAUCCAUUAAUGUUUAAAAUUGGAGAUGACCUAAGACAAGAUCAAUUAGUUAUACAAAUUAUCAAUCUAAUGGAUCAAUUAUUAAAGAAUGAAAAUUUAGAUUUAAAAUUAACACCUUAUAAAAUAUUAGCAAUUUCUCCCAAUGCAGGUUUAAUUCAAUUUGUUCCUAAUGAAACAUUAGAUUCAAUAUUAUCAAAAAAUUUCCAAGCUCCAAAUUUAACAGAAGAUGGUAAUUCAGGUAAUGGAAUUUUAUCAUAUUUAAAAUUUCAUUCUCAACAUGAUGAAUUAGAAGAUGAACCAGUUUCAAAAAGUGUAUAUCAAAAUAAUUCAAAUAUUCAAACAAAACCAAAAUCUACAAUCACUUCAAAUUUAGGAGUAAAUCCAAUCAUAAUGGAUAAUUAUGUUAAAUCAUGUGCUGGAUAUUGUGUAAUUACAUACAUUUUAGGAGUUGGAGAUCGUCAUUUAGAUAAUUUAUUAUUAUCACCAAAUGGGAAAUUUUGGCAUGCUGAUUUUGGAUAUAUAUUAGGAAGAGAUCCGAAACCAUUUCCACCAUUAAUGAAAUUACCAAUUCAAGUUAUAGAUGGAAUGGGUGGUUUACAACAUGAAAAUUAUAAUAUUUUUAAAAAUUAUUGUUUUAUUACUUAUACUACGUUACGUAAAAAUUCAAAUUUGAUUUUAAAUUUAUUUCAAUUGAUGAUUGAUGCAAAUAUACCAGAUAUAAAAUUUGAAUCAUCAAGAGUUGUUGAAAAAGUUGAAGAGAAAUUUAAUUUACAAAUGACUGAAGAAGAAGCUAUACUACAUUUCCAAAAUUUAAUUAAUGAUAGUGUCAAUGCAUUUUUGCCGGUUGUUAUUGAUAGAUUACAUAGUUUGGCUCAAUAUUGGAGAGCAUAA